GCAUGCCACUCUGUCGUCUUCACCAUCGCUUCCUUCUUCUUGUUCAAUCUCAGGCCCAUCCUCUCCUUCAUGCGCAUGUCCCGGCUUCGGUUGGCUCCAAAGCAGCUAAGCUAGCGCGAGAUUGCGAACUUGAACAAGGGUCUAGCUGGCUUAGCCUUGUUGCAGUCCAAGCUCAAGGUUGCUUCUGCUUUCUGGCACUACUCAGCAAUGCUCGCAUCCAAGCCCAACAGGGCAAGUCUGUCUGAACCUUCCAACCACAAGGAACCAGCUAGUUCCAGUUCCAGUUCCAGUUCCAACUACAGCAGGGCUCAUGCUUCAGCACCCAGAGUUAGCAGGCUAGCCAAACCUGCUGCAGCUGCAGGAUCAAGCAAGCAAGCAGCAGAGGCCAGGGCGCCUUCCCCACUACACAAUGCCGCCCGUGCCACUGCCGCCUCUCCGCUCGACAAGUCCGUCGACGCCGCUCAAAAGCCAUCACCGGGAGAACGCCGGUUGAACUUCAAGGCCUCGCCGCACCGUACCUCUACUACCCCCGACGUGAGACAAAAAACUCCCGACAGGCAGCCGAGGAUCGCCAAGGCGUCGGAGCUGCAGGCACAGCUGAACCUCGUCCAGGAGGACCUCAAGAACGCCAGGGAGCACCUGGCCAACAUCGACAGGGACAGAGCCCAGGUCCAUGACGACCUGGUGCUCACCAAGACGCUGGCCGACGAGGCCUACCAGAAGCUCGAGGAGUCCCUCGCCGCGCAGCGGCGAGCGGAAGAGGCACUGGAGAUCGAGAGGUUCAAGUCCGUCGAGCGGGAGCAGGCGAGCAUCGAGCUCGCCCGGAGGAAGGAGGAGUGGCAGCGGAAGCACGCCGACGUCACGAAACGCCAUGCCCAGGACGUCAAUUCCCUCGCUAAGGUGACCAAGGAGCUCGAGAAUGCCAAGGGUGAGCUGGCGGUGACCGCACAGGCCAAGAACUCGGCACUCAGCCGUGCCGACGAGGCCGAGAAGACCACACGCGGAAAUGCAAAAAGGAUGGAGAUCCUGAUGGCUGAGGUGGCCCGGCUCAAGUCUGAGACGGAGAGCAGAGAAAAAGGAGCAGAAGAGAUCAUCGACAAGCUGCGGUCCGAAGCCUCAGAGCUGCGAGCUGAGCUCCAGAGAGCAAUGGCGUUUCAGGAGAAGCUGGUCAGAGCAGAAGAAGUGGUCGAGGGGCUCAAGGUCGACAUUGCAUACGCCAAGAGGGCAGAGAUCGAUGCAGACCAGUCGGCGCAAGGGUGGAAGACCAAGGCAGCGGCGCUGGAAGAUCGCCUAGUGGCGAUCACCUCACUAAACAAAUCCAACGAGGAGGCACUGGCGUCGCUGACAAAGAGUUUCAAGGAAGCACAGUCGCAGCUCCUCCAGCUGACAGAGAAGGCUGCGGCAUCAGAAGGCGAAGCGAGCGAGUACAAGGAAGGAUUCCUCGAGACGAACAGACGUCUCGACAUCGUGGGGAAGGAGGCAUCUGAACUGCAGGCUACCAUUGACAGACUGAGGUCUGAACACGAGCUACUGAAUGAGGCACAUCGGCAGGUCGUCAGCAAUGAGAAGGCAGCGAGCUCGCAGGUCGGCAGGCUCGGCGGAGACAAGGUGAGGCUUCAGCAGAAGCUCGAUGAGGCCAGGGAGGAGAGGAACAAGGCCAAGAAAGGCGUCGAAGACGUAGCAGCUGCUCUACGUCAGGUGUCAGCAGAAGCAAGAGAAGCCAAGGAGAGGGUCCUGGCAAAGCAGAUCGAGCUGGAUCAUGCACAGCUUCAGAUAUCCGAGAUGAAGACCGCGACAAAGACCGCAGAAGACAAGUACCAGCUGAUGCUUCAAGAAUCCAACUGCCUGAAGAAAAAAGUUGAGAUGCUGGAAUCAGAGGCCAAGAAUGCAAAAGAGAAGUACGAGUUGAUUCUUAAUGAAUCCAACUACCUCAAGAAAACAGUCGAGAGGUUGGGUUCAGAAGCCAAGAUUUUACAGGAUGAUCGGGUGUCGAAGGAGGUCGGGUUUGCGGAAAUGCUCAGGAGAUCAGAGGAGGAGGCAAGCUAUGUCAAGUCAGAAAUGAGCAAGCUCAUGGAGUCGCUUGCAGUUGCAGAGAAGGAGGUGCAGGAGCUCAAGGCAGAGAAAACACAGCUGGUUCAUCAACUGGAAGAAGGAUUCAACCGUACCAUGAUGGAUGCCACAAGCUCGAGUGCAGAACAACCAAUGGUGACCGAGAGCUCCCACCUCAAGGAUCUCCUGUCAACCAAGGAGAAGGAGGUGCUUGCUUUGAAUCAUCAGGUCACUGAGCUGCGGCUCAGAGAGGCAGCCGCUCUGGCGAAAGCCGACGAAGCCUCAAAAUUGAUGGAUGCCGCAAGCUCAAGGGCAGAACAAUCAAUGGUGGCCGAGAGCUCGCACCUCAAAGAUCUGCUGUCAACCAAGGAGAAGGAGGUGCUUGCUUUGGAUCACCAAGUCACUGAGCUGCGGCUCAGAGAAGUGGCCGCUCUGGCGAAAGCCGAGGAAGCCUCAAAAUUGAUGGAUGCCGCAAGCUCGAGUGCAGAACAAUCAAUGGCAGCCGAGAGCUCAUGCCUCAAGGAUCUGCUGUCAACCAAGGAGAAGGAGGUGCUUGCUUUGGGUGUUCAAGUCACUGAGCUGCGGCUCAGAGAGGAGGCCGCUCUGGCGAAAGCCGACGAAGCCUUGAAAUUGCUGGCAGAGGCAACGGCGAGGAAAGCCGGAGAGGAAGAGGCAGCUAGGAGUGCUGAGAAGUCCAACACACUACUCGUCAAGCUGGAGAUGGACACCAUGCUCCAAUCACAGAGAGCGGCGGAGCACGAGGCGAAGGAUGCCAAGGAUAACAUGGUGCAGCUGCAGAGCAAGCUGAGGCUGGUGGAGUCCAAGAUCACUGAGGCCAACCUGACGGCAGAGGAAGAGAAGAUCAGCAGCCUGAGGUUGAAGGAGACACUGGCCGAGAAGGAGGAGGAGCUCCAGAGCAUCGCACGGGAGAAUGAUGGCCUGCGGACGAGGGAAGCGGCUGCACGAGUGAAGGCCGACGAGCUGGCUGCAAUGCUCGCAGAGGCCACCGCCAUGAAAGGAGGAGAUCAGUCAGCUGGUCGGAGCCCGGAGAAGCAGCCAAAUGUGUUCCGGAAGAUGAUGUGCUCGCCGAUGGACAACGCCGCGCGAGGCGAUCAUGAAGAUCGCAGGAACAGCGAUAGGAUCGUCCAAGCGCUCGAGGAGAUCAAGCAUGUGGAAGUGGAGACGGUCAGGCAGGUGAAACAUGAAAGAGAGGUGUCAGUGGAGGCUAACUCCAUGGAGAACAGCAAGAUCCUAGAAGAUGACCUGUGCAAAGGGAUGAUGAGCAGUGGCGUAGACACCGAGUCGAGCGACGACGAUGAGAUCGAUUCGCAGGGAGAAGACGGAGCUGCAGAUCAAAUGGGUGGCCUUCUGAUGCAUGGACCGAGAUCAUCUUUCAAGCAGGAGCAUCACAGCCAUAAGAAGAAGAAGAAGGCAUUGCUGAGGAAAUUCGGGAGCAUGCUGAAGAAGAAAGCUCACUUCACCAAGCUGAACAAACACUCCUAGGCUCCUAGCCUAGAAAAAAACUCAAACUGUUACUACUUCUUUUAAAAAAAAAGUCAUUAUUUUCCUUCUGAAUUUUUGAACAGUUUUCAACUACUGUGGUUGUAGCAAGUGGAGGUGUGAACCAUAAAAGGACACAUGACGCGAGUAGCUGUGCCCACUAUCUAGAGAAAGAAAGAGAAAAGCCACUUGCAUUGUAUUUGUAUCCCUGUCAUUUAGUUAAUUCUUUCUGUACCUUGGCGGCACA